UAGUUUUUAUAGUACUCCGGUGGUUUCCUUGGAAAAUCACUCUCUCUCUCUCUCUCUAAAACAUCACCAAAGCGAUGCGUCUUCUUGAGUCCUCGACAACCUCAACCCCUCUCCGUCCGUAUUAACGCCCAAUUCCCAUACUCCACUCUCCUUCCCCAACAUCUCUCUCUCUCUCUCUCUCUCUCUCUCUCUCUCUCUCUCUCCUUGUGGCAUACAACCACGCAGACAAGUAGAUCAGGAGAAGAAAUGGGUAACAGAUACAAUAACCAUAUGCAUCGCCAACAUCUCCAUCAAAGAACUACUUUCUUGCCAAUGCUGUGCUCAAGAACCUCCAUCAAAGACGUCCACCGCCGUCGGCCGCCCAACCCCUCCUCCUCCUCCAGCCACCCUUCCUCCCCAAAAGUCACCUGUAUGGGCCAGGUCAACCGAUCCAACCGAGUCACUGGAUACCCAACCACCACCACCACCGCCAUCGCUGCCACCGCCGCCGCCACACCCAUCAAGUACCACAAGCUCAUAAGGCUCUUUUCAGGGAAAACCCCCACUGCCACUACAACCACUGGCAGAUCAGCAGAGAAGAUGAUCGUGGGCAGGUCAUUAUCAGAACGACAGAUGGGUUACAGAGAUCUUAGCGAGAGUUAUGUGGCCGUGAACGUGGCGGAGUUGGAUCCGCCGUUGCCCGUGGUCAAACGGCGGCAACAACCGGCCGCCGCCGACGGAAAUCUGUGGAAGAGGAGAUCCGGUGGGUGUGAAUUGGAAAGUUUACAGCUUCAACACAUUCAGUUACCUAAUAAGCGUUGUGUUCUUCAACCAAUUACUACUGUAUGAGAUUUUGAGGUAAACGUUUCCAUGAAAGGAUAGUACUAUUACUGUAAAUGGGUUUGAUUAAUAAUUCUCCGAGUUUUUAUUA